AUGGUCAACAUUCCCAAGACCCAGACGGCUGCUACCGUCCCAAAGCUCGGCGGCGGAGUUGUGUUUGUGCACGACUAUCCGGUGCCUCAGCCGGGUCACAAUGAAGUUCUAGCAAAAGUUCUCUACUCAGGCGUCUGUCAGAGCGAUCUCCACACUCAAGCUGGCAUAGCAGCAUCAGCUAACGGAACGCCAAUUCGCAAUGUCAAACUACCUCAUGUGGGAGGACAUGAAGGUAUUGGCCGUAUCAUUGCUUUGGGUCCUGGGGUAGAUGAGGACAUCAAGGUUGGCACAUAUGUUGGUAUUAGAUUCGCAAGUCGAAUUUGCCGGCGAUGCAAUUUUUGUUUGGCUGGAAAAGAGCAACAUUGUAUCAAGAGCACAAACCACUUGCAUCAUGAAGACGGAAGCUUUCAGGAGUAUAUAGCCCUGGAUGCCGGCUAUCUUACCCUGCUGCCUGAUGAUAUCGACCCUGUUGUUACCGGACCAGUUCUCUGUGCUGGAUUAACCACUUACAAGGCGGUAAAGAAUUGCAAUGUCAAAGCAGGUGACUCUGUUGUAGUUGUUGGUGCUGGUGGUGGAUUGGGCCAUCUCGCAGUUCAAUAUGCCUUGGCACAAGGCGCCAUUGUGUACGGCGUAGAUGGCGGCGUCGAGAAAGGAGAGUUCCUCAAGUCAAUUGGUGUAACCGGUUACGUCGAUUUUACAACCACACCUAACCUCACUGAGAAAAUUCACGAAAUCACCCACGGAGGAGCAGAUGCAGUCAUAGUAACAGCGGCGAAUCCAAAAGCGUUUGCUCAGGCCGCCGAAAUGCUCGCUGUUGGCGGAACUCUCAGUUGUGUGGGUAUUCCAGCAGAGAGAGGGUUUCUUGAAACACCCAUCAGCACCAUUGUAAUCAAGGGUCUUCACAUAACUGGUAACCUAGUUGGAUCGCUCAAAGAAUGCUUGGAGGCUGUAGAUCUCGUACGAAGAGGCAUCGUGAAGCCCAAGGUUACGGUCCGUCCGUUUGAGGACUUGCCAAAGAUUUAUGAAGAGCUGGAGAGAGGUGAUGUUUUGGGCCGUAUCGUGUUGAAAAUUGCAAAGGACGAGUGA